AUGAUUGAGCCGGUGGCUGGGCAUGACUUUACCAAAGAAACGGAGCAACCGCAUAUCGUAUAUAAAAGGAGCACGGACGAGUUUCAGCGCGCCGCACGAGAUCUCUGCAACGUCACCGGCGAUACCGGGUCCAGGAUCAUCGCCAGGCGCGCUCUGAAUUCACGUAAGAGAGAGCCCGCGAGAUCGAACGGGGCGAAAUCGUACACGCUGGAGCUGCUGGUCGUGUUGGACAAGUCUCUCCUGGAUUAUCACGGGAAGUUUGACGUCGAGAAUUACGCUGCGAGUCUGUUUCACGACGUCAGUUUGGGUGUGCGCAUGCAGCUGACUAUAGUGAGAAUUAUAAGACUAGAGGUGGAAGAAAACGAGAUGAAUCUGUCGAUGAACCAAGACGCGGAUACGACGUUGAGGCGUUUCCAGGAGUGGCAGAGCACCAUGAAUCCCGGCGACGAUUCUCAUCCGAAUCACCACGAUUGCGCGCUUCUCAUUAGCAAGUUAGACAUCUGCGUCUCCCGUGAUCUCUGCGGUUUCACCGGUACGUCCACGAUCGCCGGUACGUGCGAUCCUACGAAAGGUGCGGCUAUUGUGAGAGACGCCGGCCUGCCGACCGGUUAUCACAUAGCUCAUCAGAUAGGCCACACGCAAGGUCUGGCGUUUUGUCUGGAGGAUGAGCCGCAGGAUCAUCAUUUUCCUAGCGCGGAGAUGUUGCCGGGCGUGAUGUACAACGGCGACGAUCAAUGCCGUUUGCGAUAUCGAACGGGUGCCCGGCAGUGCGAUAUGGGGAUCACCUGCGAAACCCUCAGGUGCGCCCUGCCCGGCAGAGGUUGCGUGUCCGCGAGGAAACCACCUGCGGAGGGCACUCCGUGCGGCGAGAAGAGGUGGUGUUACCGAAUGAAAUGCCUGAUGGUGGGUGAACGACCCGGAGUCACGGACGGCGGUUGGGCCGACUGGUCGUCUUGGAGCAGAUGUUCCCGGACUUGCGGCUCCGGAGUGGCGUACGCCGUGAGAAGGUGCAACCGACCGCCUCCGUCCGGCGGCGGCUCUUACUGCGUCGGUGACAGGAAGCGUCACAGAAUCUGCGCCACGGACCCGUGCGAUCUCAACGCGCCGUCGUUUCGCGACGCGCAGUGCGCCGAAUUCAAUGACUGGGUGUUUCCGGAGGACGGCAAGGUUCAUCGCUGGGUGGCGUAUAAUUUGCCGGAAGACUUGAAAGCGUCCGAGAAUCCUUGCGCCCUUUACUGCCUGAGCGAGACGAAUCUAGUGACGUCGCUGAGGCCGAAAGUGGUGGACGGUACCACAUGCUACCGAGGCAUUCGGGAUAUUUGCAUCGGAGGUGUGUGCAGAGAGAUACCCUGUGACCUGAAUAUGGAGUCCACCGCGGUCGAAGAUGUUUGCGGCGUUUGUAGAGGCGACAGCACGUCCUGCACAUUGAAGCAGGGAACCUUGUCGUUUACGACGCAGUCGCGGCUCAAGAAAAUAACGGACGCGCCGGCGGGCUCUAGAAAUAUCCGCAUCGAGAUGGUAGAACCGACCAAAUCCAGAAUCGUCGUGCGUACUAGGAGUACGAAGACUGUGCUGAUCGACGGUAACCGUCUAGGAAUGUUCGACGUGCCAGGCUCCAAGGCGUGGCUAGGAACGAUAAGGCCAAGACAGGAAGCUUUGAACAUACCUGGACCCAUCACCGAGGACUUGGUUAUAUUGGUUUUACCAAAGGAGAACGUCACGUUGAAAUACUCGUUAGGAUUGAAGCGACGAACUCCUCGUAAACCCGAGUUCUCCUGGAACUUUAUCGACUGGGAGAAAUGCUCAGCAGGCUGCGGUCCGGGCGAGCAGAUAUCGAAACCCCGUUGCGUUGAGAAAAUCGGCGGACUGGUGGACGACAGCUACUGCAGCCAUCUCGCUAAACCGGACGCGAAGGUCAGACCGUGCAACGAGGCUUCCUGCGUACCACGGUGA